CAUCAAUUUCGUAUCGUUUCUAAAAUACAAAAAUUAUAGAAUUUAACAAAAUCUAUAAGCUCCAAUAUUGUGACAGAAGAAUAGUUUAACAAAAGUGCGUUGUGCCCAAAAAAAAUAAAUAUUUUCUAAAACGUUUUACUCGGCCAUUAUAUUUACAUUAAAUAUCAUAACAUUAUCGUAAAAUUUUCACGUGGUAAACCAUGGUGCAUUAUACCAAAACGGCAUUAGACCUAAUCACCAUACAUUAUGUGACAAGCGAAAUAAUAUUAUAAUACAAUAUAAGUUUGUGUAUUUCAAGUUUGACAGACAAAUGACAGUGAAAGAAACACAUCAUCGUCGGACAAGGGCUCGAAACAAGACGGAAAUGUAGGUAACUACACUCGUUCACGAUAUACCUACCUGCACUAUAAAGUUGUACACUUUGAAAACCUUUUUGACACAGUCUCCGCAGUUAUAGGUAUUUACUCGCCAAUAACAGUGCAAGUGGAAAACAAACACACUAUAUUAUCGCGUAUUUUAUAAUACAGAAAUGGAUCGGCGCCGAAAACAUAAGAAAAAGCUAAAAGAUUUCGGUAGAGAGUAUUUUCUAGAUAUUUCUGUCAACGCGUUAAAACACAUAAUACGAGCCAAAAACGUUGGCGAACGACGAUUUUGGCUGGUGAUGUUCACACUCGCAUUGUUCGGCACCGGAUUCUGCGUCUUGGAAGUUUGGAAAGUCUACGAGUCCAGUUUCACCAAAACAAUUAUAUUGUCCACGUCGUAUUUGUACUCCGAGGCGCCGUUUCCGUCGGUGACCAUUUGUGAACCAAGCAGAGUGUACGGUCCCGUGAUCAAAGCCUUGUAUGACAACUCUUCCGGCCGGCCUGGUUCAUAUGACGAAGCCGUGUUCAAAAUAAUGGCAACGUUGUCCACGAUCCGUUUACCACUAUUCGAAGAUUUUGUCAAAAUAAAAAAAUUCGAAAAAUACUACGAUGAGCUGAACAAACUCAACAUCAGUGACAUGCUACUGAAGGCAGUCCGUCCGUGCGACACCAUAUUCGACUCUCCGUGCUGGUGGCGUAAUAAUUACUACAACUGUUGUGACCUCUUCGAACUCCAGAAAACCUGCUACGGUUACUGUUACAGUUUCAACUCGGACGUAUCCGAAUUCAGUAAACGAAAAACGCAAUUUUACGGGAUGUACGGGGACAAUUAUAACUACUGGAUUGAUGAUCGGGGAACAUUCAAGAGGCCUAGGAGAACAGGAGGAAGCGGCCCGUGGUCUGGAUUGUGGUUUUCCAUGCGUGCCCAAAAAAUUCCGUCCUAUAUCAACGCCAGGAGUGGAAUAGUGGUUAUGAUUAGGGAUCCAAGCGCCUUGCCGAUUGAUCGGGGAAUGAUGGUGGCCAAAGGUACCAGUGGCUACAUAAAAGUAUGGGGUGAUAAGGUGAUUCCAACGAAACGUCUCAUACGCGUGAAACCCGAAAAACGACACUGUCUGUACCCUAAUGAAAAGACUUACUUGGGCCGAGGCUAUUUGAGGUCAAACUGUUUGUUCAACUGUUACCAACGGUUUAUGUUUAAUGAUUGCAAGUGCGUGCCGAGUUUCUAUUAUUUUCACUACGAAAAAGAUCUUCCCUAUCCCGAGUGCAACGUAGAAGGACUUGUAUGCUUGGCCGAACAUUCGUCAAAUUUCAUCAACAUUGUGGAUCGCGACAAAAACUUAUCUACACAUCUCAGAUGCAAAUGUCCAGGCGAUUGUCGCAGUCAAAAGUACAAGUCUAACAUUGUCGUGUUAAACGAAACAUCAAGCGCUGACCAAAUUACCGUUGACGUUUUCUUUCACAGGUCUACGUGCUUCCUGUACGAAACGGAUUUAGUGUUCGACUUUAUGAAUGCUCUAGUCGGCUACGGAGGUGUCUGCGGACUUUUUCUCGGGGCGUCAUUGAUCAGUGGCGUUGAAUUUAUAAAUUUCAUAACGUUCCGUUUGUAUGACUAUUGGUUGAACCGUCGACAUCGAAACAAAAUCGUCCAACGUUUCAUUCAUUGAAAUUAUCUGUUAUUACAGUCGAUUUUCCUCGAAGAUCAUUCUAUAUAGUUGAGAAUUGUAUUUUUCUAAAUUAAUUUAU